AUGGAUGAUAAUAACGAAAGUGUAAAUAGUAUCAAUGGUUCAAUGGAAUAUGAAGAAAGACAUAGAGAUGAAAGAGGUCAGCUGUCAGAUAAUGAUAUCUCCAAUAGUUUCAUUGAGCCAAACAACAACAACAAUAUAAUACCACCUGUAAUAUCUGAUGAAUCUAUAAAUUCAAAUAACAAUGCUAAUAUUAAUAAUGAUAAUAAUGAUAAUAAUAAUAUUAAUCUGACAACAAUAACAACAACUACUACAAAUGAAAACAAUGACAAUACAAUUCAACUAAAACAAGAAAUGACAGAGGUACAACAAAUGACAGAGGUACAACAACCGAUUCCCGAACAACAGGUGAGGCAAGAACCGAUGGAACAAGAACAACAACAACCGGUAGAAAUUCAUACAAUAUCUUCACAAACUGAUAUAAUAGACUUGGAAGAUGAAAUAAAUGAUAAUAUGGAUGAUUCUGAUGAUUCUGCUGACAAUGAGUAUGACAUUGAUCAUGAAGAGGAAGAUGAUGAUGAUGAUGAUGACGAUGACGAUGACGAUGAUGACCACAACGAAUUAAGAGACAACAAUGUAAGAUUAUUGGCAGUGGGUGAUAGAUACAUACGUUUAUCUGCCACCACUACGUUUCCCAAUCAAACUUUUAGCCUAAUUAGGAAUGGUCAAAUCAACCCCAACUUAAAUGCCACCGGCACCGCAGCUCCUAUCCCAACUGCUGCCAACAACAACAACAACAGCAAUAGUAGUAGUAGUAUUCAAAUAGAUAUAACAGAUGAUGAUGAUUCUAUUUCAAUACUUCCAACCCCAACUAAUCCAACAACAACAAACAACGCCAAUACAUCAUCAACUAACAACACAAAUACAAAUACUAAUACAACAAACAGCGAUGUUGUAGAUCUAACGGAUGACAGUGUAGUGGUCGUUCCACCACCACCUAUUCAAACAUAUCAUAUGAAUCCAUUUAUGAGACAACAUCACCAGCAUCAACAUCAGCCUCAGAACGGACAAGACAGAAACAUCAUUAUCGUGUUCAAUCAGAAUGGAAAUAACGGUGGUGGACAUAUAGUAGAUGAUGUGAUAUACAAUGGCCACAACAAUCGCAUGUUCCACAAUCGUCCGUUCGCUCCAAUUCAACAGCCACAGCUUCGCUCCAACAAUCAAGCAUCAUUCCUCAACUCCAAUGAAUACAAAGCAAUUCUCAACGAGACUGAUUCAGAGGACGACGAUAGUGACGACGACUACGUUAAAACCACAACUACUACCACCACCGACAACAAUAACAGCUCUACACCCAACACCACCAAUAAUAAUAAUAAUAAUAAUAAUACCGCCAACAAUGAUAAUCAAGACAAACCAGAAACAAGAAAACCAAAAUCAAAGAGGCAACGUGUUACUUGUCCAAUCUGUUAUGAGAAAAUAGAACAACCAGUGUCGACGACAUGUGGACAUGUCUAUUGUAGUCCCUGCAUCAAUGCUGCUCUCAAAAGAAAAAAGCAGUGUCCUGUGUGUUCAACAAAACUUGGUUCUAAACCAUAUCAUCAAUUAUUUAUUUAG